AUGCAAGGCGUGCUUGCCCAAAUAUUCUGGGCAUUUGUUGGCCUGAUCUUGAGACAGUCUUAUGCGCAACAGCCGGAUGAAUGUGCGAGGGUUCACGCCAUAAUAGCGCGGGGCCAAGGUGGCGGCGACGAUUUCAACGUGAUGAGCACACUUUCAGACCUGAUUCUCCAGCAGAUCCCGGGCUCAACCACUGUUGGCUUACCAUACGAUCAUGCGAAUGUGCUGAGCAAUGAUGCCAAGCGGCUCACAGUCCACGAUGGCGCAGUUCUGAUGCAAGAGUUUAUUGAGGAGUAUAUCGAAAGCUGCCCUGAGACUAAGUUUGUAGUAGUUGGCUAUUCACUGGGCGCGAUUGUCAUGAUGGAUGCCAUUUGCGGAACCAGCCAGGUUGGGUUUCUCUUCGUCGCUCCCAUUGAGCCAAGCUACAACGAGUCAACUGCCAUUGCAUAUGGCGAUGAAACAUACCUGCCCGGAAUGCCCUGGAAUGCGGGGAAUUGUACGCUCGGUAUAGGGCUGACUCCUCGUAUGAAUGCCGCAUUGUGUGAUCCAUUCGGCAGCUCUCUACAUAGCUAUUGCGAUUAUGGCGAUGAACAAUGCUGCUCGCCCUACCCAGCAGAUGGAAACGCCGCCCAUCAUACCUAUGUCAAAAAAUAUAAUCAAAAUGUGGUGGACUUCAUCAAAUACCGACUUGCAACGUUCAGAGCGUGA